GCUGCGGUGCAAUACAGCACUAUUUUAGCGCUUCACACACAUUGCACGGGAGAGAUAAUAAAUAAAAAAAAGGUAGCUACUUUUGUUUUUCUCAUGAACGAUUAACGCGUUCUUCCUUGUACUUCUGUGGCCCCAACACGUAUAAUUAGUCGGUAACUAUAAUAGGACUCCAGCACGGCCAAUCGCACGAAAACCGCAAAGAAACCUGGUGAACGUGCUUGGCUUUGAAAUCCUUUUUUCUCUCCUUUUUGAUGUUACUCCAUCCGCAGUACAUCGUUGGUCUGCUCACUUAUAUAUAUAUACAUACGCUGUAGGGAGCUAAAGCUGUUGUUGCACUUCGCGGUAACGGUGUUAGCCGAAGCUUGAAAAAGACGCUUGACACUUGAACAACGAAGAAAAAACCCCGUUCUUCCUUUUACAGCGCACCUGCAAUCGGUCUAUAUAUAUUUUUUUCUCUCUUCUUUCUUGGUUCAUCGUGGGUGUUUGUUUCCUCUCACAAUCAAUUUUUGUUCUACAUAUUUGCGACGAGAAUUCUUUCUUCUGGUUCCCCUUUUUCUUUUUCAUUCCCGCCUGCGUUAUUUCUUUCUUCACCGUUUCGUGUUGUUGUAAUUUUACAAAUACGGUGUAGCGAGACACGAAACCUGUCGCGGUUGUUUUUCUCUUCUGUCGUUGCUCUUAUUGCGUGCAGCCGGUCCUUCCGUCUUCCACGGGUCCUCCGAGCAACAACCUGCACUUACAGCCCUCGUUUGCACAGCCCUCACGCACACACGCACCGCAGCAUGUACGCUCGCAUUUCGAAUGCGCUGCUUGCGCGUGUAAACCGGGUGUCCUCUACGUACACCCGCGUCGCUUCCUUGUCACCAUCGCCCGCCACCGCACCCACGGCAGCACGCGCAGCAGAGGCGCCGUACACCCUGGGUUGCGGCACCGUCGGCAUCUCCACCUGGCCACCCCCAUCGGUCCCCGUUAUCGUGACAGACACUGUGGGGGAGCUUCAGCGUCGCACGCCUUUCCUUCUGCCGCCGCUGGUCGUCGCGUACGCUGCGUUGGAUGCCGCUUCUGCCCACCCACGCCAUAUUCUACGUACACCGAUGACGCGAAGUCCGAUGUGGUGCGCGGCGACCACCCGCUCUCAACGCGGCUACGCGCUGGGCGUCACUACCUUGCACUACGCCAACAAGUCCGUUGUGUCUCCUAAUGAAGACGAAAGCAAUAGUGGGGAUGUGGGUGCCUCACCCGACGCAGCGGCGCCGUCGGAGGUGGAGAUUAGUGAUAAUAAGCGCAGGGCCAGCACUGAGAGAGGCAGUGCCGUAUCCUCGUCGACGGAAGCAGAGUCGAGCGCCGCCGGUACCGUGGUGCUACCGGAUGCGAUGGUGUUUUCAUUUCAAGGGAGCCCGCACGAGUUCCAAGAUCGUCUGCGCGGGGCGAACGUGCUGGUGUUUUUCUAUAAGCCGGUAUGCGGGCCCUGUGUGGCGAUUCGAUCGAAGCUGAUUCACGCCGUGGCGGACCGUCUACCGAUGGACCCGGCCCUCUUCCGCCACGGAGGCAAUGCCGCGCCGUCAGCAGCAGCACCGUCCGCAACGGCGGCUCCACCGGGUAAGGGCGAUGGUGCGCAGACGGCGGGCAGCACAAGCGGCGCAGUGGAUGCCGCGUCCACGCAGCUUCAUGGAGAACGUGAGCCGAGAGCGUUCGUCACGCCGGCCGGUGCCGAGACCUCGAUGGCGACGGAGGACAAGGCGGCGUGCGCGCUGGCGUGCCGGACGCUGGAGGACGUGUCGAAGACCUACCCGAACCGCAUGAUCUUCCUGACGGUGGACACGAAUGAGAACGCAAAGUUGACGGCGCUGCACGACAUUCGAAGUCUGCCGACGUUUUUUGCGUACAAAAACGGCCGCAUGAUGGGACGAGUGGAGGGGAUUGACGAGCUGGAGUUGAGCAAGCUGGUGCACACUAUUAUGCGAGAGGGGAAUGAGGCGCAGACGACCAAGCCCGCGGCGGAGAUCGCUGAGGCGGCAACGAAAGGUACGCAGUAG